UUCCUUUUCCGGUUCUGUUCAGCUUAAGUUAUUCUUUUCUUUUGUUAGAUAAAAUAAUAAUCAAAUACGAUUCAAUUAAAUUCAAACAAAUCGAAAGAAUAAACACAAGGCGGUCAAUAAGAUAAAAUUCCAACCUCCAGCCGCUAAACUUCCAGAGAAAAACCUCGCGCGCAGCCAUUUUUUUGCUGAACGUUCUGGCAGAAUGGAGCAAUUAAAGACGGUAGCCGAGCCAAAAUCCAACUCAAAGAAACCUCCGGCCGAAGAAUCCAACCAGAAAGAGUCGGAUCCCGCGAUGGACACUGAAGGCUUUGUUAUGGUGUCAACAACAGAGCCGGAAGUAAAAGAAGGGAAACAGACUCAGAAUCCGAGGGAGAGCCAGAUUCAAAGCGAGGAAAUGCAAUCACCGAAUCAAACGUCAUCCGGAUCCAGGAAAUCGGUUCAAUUGAGUCCCGAGUUGGUUAGUGAAUCGCCUGCUUCGGAUCACGGCGUCGCCAGGUCCGCUCCUAACGGACCCAAUCCUUACAUUGCUCACGAUCCUGCUCCCGAAUCUUUUUUUACUUCCUUCAAAGAGAAAAUGGACACAGUGAAAGAGGUAUUGGUGAGAUGGGGGAGAACAGCCGAAGAAGCCGCGAGAAAAGCCGAGGAUCUGGCAGGGAACACGUGGCAGCACUUAAAAACAAGCCCGAGUUUGGGUGAGGCAGCCAUGGGAAGAAUUGCUCAAGGAACAAAGGUUUUAGCUGAAGGCGGCUACGAGAAGAUAUUCAGACAAACUUUUGCGAUGGUUCCGGAAGAGCAACUUGGAAACUCAUUUGCAUGUUAUUUAUCCACAACAGCUGGCCCUGUCAUGGGAGUUUUAUAUGUAUCUACAGCAAAACUUGCAUAUUGCAGUGACACUCCUCUUUCCUAUAAAAAUGCUACCCAAACUGAAUGGAGCUACUAUAAGGUAGUUAUGCCAUUACAUAAACUUAAAUCAGUUAAUCCUUCAACGAGCCGACUCAAUUCUGCUGAAAAGUACAUUCAAGUUGUCUCUGUUGAUGGUCAUGAAUUUUGGUUCAUGGGCUUCUUAAACUAUGACGGAGCUGUUACAUUCCUAAAGGAAGCUUUGCAACUCCAUAGCUCGCAAUCUUCGUGAUACCGUUUCUACCAGCGUAACAUUCAUUUGGUCUUGCAACUCGUUAUCGUCCGACAUGCUACACCGAAAGCUAUUCAGUGUUGGAAAUCAAAAGUUAGGUAACGUUAAUGGAUAUCUGAUUAAUGUUAAGAAGGGCAGAAUAUAAUGAAUCUGUUAUGUUUUAAACUCGAUGUGUUUGAAAUGCCAGUUGCUGUAAUCCGUGCAAUCUCAUGCAUUAUGUUGCUAA